CAGAAAGCUCAUAUCCUGUUAGAAACGGCGGGGUGUUGCGCAACGCGUGUAAUCACGCAGACAGAAGAACGUGAGUGAGGGAGUGAGGGAGGUAGACGCUCGAGACGGAGACGCACGGACCGGUUGCUCCACUCAGAGCGGAUGUGCACGCGGUCCCUGCGCGGGCACGGAUUUGUUUCCUUCCAGCUCGAGCGAGAACGGGAUUCCCAGGUCACUGGCAGCAGCAGGUUUAACCGCGAACACCCCGGGGGAUUAGAGCUCCACUCCUGCAGGGAUCAGGACUAACCCCGGAUUGGAAAGGAUUAACCCUAACCCUAGGUGUAUCAGCAUGAAUCACAGGAAUCCCUGUUUUCUUCUGCCCUUUCUUAAGCUUUGCAUCUGUCUUCUUGGGGCAGAAUCUACUCCAAAAUGUCUGAUUAGAGAUGAGAAAGCUUACUGUGCCCUGAGAAACCUGACGAAGAUGCCAGCUUUGCCGCCGUAUAUAACUUAUUUGGAUCUAACCUUAAAUUACAUUAGCGAAAUCCAUGAGAAUUCCUUCAAUGGUUUGGAGACGCUGCAAAUUCUUAGGAUUCAGCAACAGCAAAGAAGACUAACCUUGAGGAAUAACGCCUUUAUUGGCCUGUCCAGUCUGACAACACUAGACCUAGCAUACAACAUGAACCUACAAGUGGAUCCAGGAGCUUUUAAUGGAUUAAUCAACCUUCAGAUCCUCAAUCUUACAGAGUGCACGUUAAGUGACUCUAUUCUUUCGGGAGAUUACCUGAGACCCCUUGUGUCUCUGGAGCAGCUUUCACUGUCUGGAAAUAACAUACAUAAACUCCGUCCUGCUUCGUUCUUUAUCAACAUGAGCAAGCUGCAUAUUGUGGACGUCUCUCGUAACUGGAUCAACAGUUUAUGUGAAGAAGAUUUGUUUCAUUUUCAAGGUAAAAACUUCACUCUCUUAAAACUGCAGGAUAUCAAAAUGUGGGACAUGAAUCCAUAUUGGUCGGGAUGGAAUAAAUGUGGAAACCCGUUCAAGGACAUGUCUAUGACGGUGCUUGAUUUGUCUCAAAAUGGCUUCAGUGUUGACAUGGCAGUGCGGUUCUUCAAAGCAAUCAGAGGAACCAAAAUACACAAACUGAUACUUAAUUUCAGUAAGAAUAAUACGAAAGACCCAGACCGCAAUACAUUUAAGGACUUGGCUCAGAGUGGCAUUAGGGUCCUGGAUCUGUCCAAUGGCAGCAUUUUUGUAGUAAAAAAAUCAGUAUUCAGUUAUAUGCCAGAUCUGGAGAAUCUCUCGUUAUUUAAUAAUAUAAUCAACCAGAUUGAGAGUAAUGCUUUUAAUGGGCUGAACAAUUUAAGAACGCUCAAUUUGUCUUAUAACCUUUUGGAUAAAAUUUAUUCUGAAACAUUUAACAAUUUACAAAGUCUUAAAACACUUGAUUUAAGUGAUAAUGGCAUUAAAUUACUUAUGUCUGGCUCAUUUCGAGGACUGCCCAAUCUAGCUAACCUCUUUCUCUCUGAAAAUUCAUUACAAUCUCUGGAUGAACUGGCAAACCUUCCAUCACUUAGAGAGCUCAGACUAGACAGUAACAAAAUCACAUCCCUGUACGGUCUAUCAAGCAAAGUAAUGAACAUCACAACUAUCAAUUUGAAAUACAACAGCCUAAGUAAUGCUGAGAGCUUAUACGCCAUUUUAGUGGAAUUCCCCAAUGUUGAAAAUAUCUACCUUGGAGGCAAUGUGUUUUCAUGGUGUUAUCUUAAUGCAGUCUAUCCUGCGUCACCUGUAAACAACGUACGCGUUCUUGAUCUCCACAUCACCGGCUUAGAAAAAUUCUGGUUACAAGGUCAGUGUCUCAACAUUUUUGACCGUCUUCACCAGUUACACACACUUCAUCUUAACAUUAAUUACAUAAAAUCACUUCCAGAAAACAUCUUCAACGCACUGAAGUCUUUGCAUGAGUUAGAUUUAUCCAGGAACUCUUUAACCUAUAUACCUAACGGCAUAUUUCCCAAAAGUCUGAAAAUACUCAACCUUGCCUACAAUCGUCUCGGUUCUGUGGAUACACAAGCCUUCAGCACCCUGACACUUAUCAGCUUGUUUGGGAGUCAGUUUCUUUGCGAUUGCGGUCUGAAAGACUUACAAACAUGGUUAAAUGAGACAGGUGUGCAAAUGGAUUCCCCUGCUGAGGAACUGAUGUGUGUUUUUCCCGAAACACAACGAGGGAAGCCUCUUCUGCAGGCUACCCUAUGUAUGGACGAAGAGGAUGAGAAGAACAUUGAGGAGCUGAGGCUUACACUUCUCAUCUGCUGCACCAUAAUUAUUAUUUUAGCCACCACAGGGGCCAUUAUUUUUAUCCAGAUGCGUGGCUACCUCUUCAAGCUUUACAGAAAGGUGAUUGUUGCCAUUAAUAAGGGAAGCCAAAAUAUUCCUGUUAAUGAUGACUUUGUGUAUGAUGUCUACCUAUGUUUCAGUUCUAAAGAUAUGAAAUGGGUGACAAAGGCACUGUUGAAAAAGCUCGACACCCAGUUCUCUGAUCGAAACCAAUUACGUUGCUGCUUUGAAGCACGAGAUUUCAUCCCAGGAGAGGAUCAUCUAUCUAACAUACAUAACGCGAUCUGCAAGAGUAAGAAAACAUUAUGUGUCCUGUCCAGAGAGUUCUUUAAUGAUGGCUGGUGCUUGGAGGCCUUCAGUCUGGCACAGACUAAAAUGUUAGAAGAGCUCCGGGAUGUCUUACUCGUGCUUCUUGUGGACAACAUACCACAUUACAGACUGAUGAAACACGAACCGGUCAGAACCUACUUCCAGACCAGGAGGUAUCUCUGCUGGCCAGAAGACAGCCAGGACUUGGAGUGGUUCUACAACCAUCUUAAACAUAGCAUAUUAAAGGACACCAAAGUAAAGCAAAUGAAGAAAGAUGUAAAGACAAACCAUGAAGGGACGAACUGUGAAGCAGUAACUGCUUUUUAAAUACAUGGAUAUAUCAAUGGAAAGAUUUGAAAACCUUCACCAAGUUAGAAGUUUACAGUACCAACACAACCAGUUUUUUUUCUUUCUUAACAAGAUAAAUAAGCUGUAUCUUUAAUGCACAUUUAUCUGUCAGUUGUGUAGUUAUUAAAAUAAAAUAAGAAAAAUCAGUGUCCAGGUGUGUCCUGAAUUGAAGUUAAUUUCCUUGUACCACAGCAAUUUGCAAAUGAUUACAUUUAUUACACA